CAGGUACCCACAAGAAACAUUUUAUUACAACGAUUGAGAGAAGUGUUUGCAAAAUUUUAAGUUUUUAAUUUUCUUCAGGAAACGUAGUUGAAAAGUAGUUAUCUGACGAAACAUUACCAAGACAAAAAGCAGUGCACUGGUAUGGAACAAAUAAAGAAAAAAAAGUCCAGGGAUGCAGCACGACAACGUCGUGGUCAGCAAAAUGAUGAGUUUGGUGAAUUGGCUGCCCAGCUCCCCUUGCCCGAGUCAAUGACAGAAAAGUUAGAUCGUUUAUGUGUAAUGCGAUUAUCAAACAGUUACAUCAAAAUCAAACAUGUCUUGCAGCAAGUGAAUGCUUCUAAAAAAGAACUGACAAAGUUUGGAUUGAACGAAUUCACAUCGUGCAUUCAAGACGCACUGGGUGGAUUUCUAUUUGUACUUGCAGAAGAUGGUCAAUGUUUGUACAUGUCACAAAAUGUUACUGAAAAUCUCGGCUUACAACAGCUUGAAGUGACAGGCCACAGUAUAUACAAAUAUGUGCACCCUUGUGAUCAGGACAAUCUAGCCAAGCAACUGGGAGGGCAAGUGCCCCUUGAAGAUAUGGAGAUAUUUGAUGGUCUUUACUGUGGCGAUAACUCACACUUUGUAAAAAAUCCUAAGCAAGCAAUCUCAUCUGAAUUGGAAAAAAGUCCACAUCGUUCAUUUUUCUUGCGAAUGAAGUCAACAUUGACAAGUCGUGGCAAAAGUGUCAACAUCAAUGCUUCAAUAUAUCGGGUUGUCCACUGCACUGGCACAAUUCAGAUGUAUCGAACCAAACUUGGAACAUCAGACAGUUCCAUGACACGCUGUUUGCUUGCGGUUGGAAGCCCAUUGUUGUCAAGUGCCACUUUUGAAGUUCCAAUUGACCGCCAGACGUUCAUAACCAAACACUCAUUGGAUAUGAAAAUCUCUGAAAUUGAAAACCUUGGCAGCGAUAUAAUUGGUUACGGUUCACAAGCGAUGCUUGGUACGUCGUGGUAUCUCUACACACAUAUAUGCGACUCCAAUGUGUUGAAGGACUGUCAUGACACUGUAUUGAAACAAGGUCAAGCGGUUAGUGGUUAUUACCGUGUUCUGGUGACGAGUGGGGGCUGGAUAUGGAUGCAAACUAAAGCCAACAUGGUGUAUCUGUCCACUACUGGUCAACCGCAAUACAUCAUAUGUGUUCAUUAUGUUAUCAGUGGGUUAGAACUUGAAGAUCAACUGUUAUCAAGCGAACAGCUGAUGUCAUCGAGACCAAUAAGAAAGCGAGCACGAGCUGUAGAAGAUGAACGCCAUAUGGCGCCGAUGAAAAAGUUGUUUAACACCAAACAGGAAUACGUGGAAGCUCGCAAACCGCAUGUCGACGAGCUGUCGGAAGAAGACGAACUAGGACAAGAUAUAGACGAUUCAGAUAUGCCCGGUUUGGAGUUCUUGGAAGUAACAGACGACUUCGAAGAUUUCGAAGGCUUUGCUGCGCGGUCUCCAUUUAUUCCACCACCGUUUAUCGAUACCGAACUAAAGGCUAGCAACGUUGAUGGAGAUCUUACUUCUAUUCUUGAGGAGAGUGAGCUGUUAAAUCGUGCUCCUUACAUCCCUCCACCAUGCAUCGAUAAAAUAAUGUCUUUUGAUGACUUGUCUAUGUCUGGACUGGACGAUUACGACAUCCCACUAGCUAAUAACUGCCAAAUACCGUCCACACAAUCACUAAUGAACUCUGCUCUACCGUCAAAUAUGAACCAGUUUUACGAUAUAGGCAACGCCAAAGUGCCCCUUCAUUUGCUGUCGAAGUAUAGUGCCGCCAGUAAACUAAUUGAAAAACCGAAAACAGAGGUCGUUGCGGAUGGCUCGCGGCCUUCUCGAUAAGACGUUCGCUGGGCGGGUUAUACAAUGAAAUGUUAUUUGGUUGAAUUUGUAAAUUGCAAUUAUAUGUGCUUAAAACAAGCAAAAAUUAAUAUCUGGCAAUUACUUUUUGACAUUAUGAGCCAAUUUUAGUGAUCACAUCGAAUCUUCGUGACAGGGCGUGGCCACUGUUGCAUAUUGUGUUCUGAGAGAUGUUUUUUUUGCACUCUGGAGUGUAGUUUAGAGGAAGACAAAAGAUCCGUGUACUUAUUUUUUUAAAGAAAUAAUGGUUCAUUAU